AUAGUGUGUGUAUUAUAAACAAGAUAUUUAUGUGCUGCAUUGGAUACGCGUCGGCAUUUGGAAGUGCGCGAGAUUGAUAUCCCAACUUAAUUUAUGCUCACGAUGUGAUAUUUGCCAAAAGCCUUGAGCCCCAACAGUGUCAGCAGAUACCAGCAAAAGAACAAGUUCUGAAAGCGAAAAUGUUCACCCAAUUCUGAAGAAGGGAGGGAUGCUAAAUAGCAAAACCAACACCACAGCACAAGAGAACAAAGAGAGAGUGAGAGCGCGCGAAGCCAGAGUCAAGUUCUGAUUACGUGAUGCAUGUGAAUUAUGAAAGGAAUGUGAACGGGCAGCCGUUAAAGCCCGAUAUGAGCAGUCGCAUCAUAAAUCUGUCGACGGGCAAAAACUGCAGCACUUCAUCCACAGAUUCUGGGGUCAUUCUCAUCGAUAAUGCGGCCACCUUUAAGGCUGAGGAGCCAGUGACCAAAGAUACGAGUAUCACGAGCAGCAGCAGCAGCAACAGCAGCAGCUGUGAUGAGGAGCCCCAGUCGGAAGCGAAUACGAAAUCAAAGCCAAAGGAUCCCAAGCGUAUCAGCAUCGAGCAUACAGUGAAUAUCAGUCAGAGCAAAGGUGCCAAGACCUCUCCCACUCUCUCGGUUCGGAGUACGACCAUCUCGAUUGUGUCCAUCGAUGAGAAUGCCCCCGAUUCCAGCUGUAUUGACAGCGACUCCGAAGCCGAGGGCAUCCACGAUGACUACACCGUCCAGAAGCUGGGACAACAGAUCAGCUACCCGCCCAACUCCAGCUCCCAGCUACGUGACCUCAACCAGGGCCUCACCCUCAUCAGUCGUCAGGUGGCACCGGGCCAGGCGGAAGCGUCGCCACCCACAGCCUCCGAGGCUGGGGCCAUGGCCAAGCAGCUGCUCAACGGUAGCCUGGCCUUAGCCACCCCCAGCCCCCAAACAUCAGCCAGCUCGCCGCAGGGCAUCGGCAGCAUUGCGCUGACCAACUCCACAGACGUGACCUUCGGGGACAAGCACUUCUACGAGGGACCCGUGACGAUACAACAGUUUCUCAUCGACAAUCGGGACAAAUGGAAACCCGGCGAUGGCGAGCCUGGAGAUGGCCAGGAUAAUCCCGCCUUCAAUGGUCGCCCACAAGCAAAUGGCGCUGCAGCGGGUUCGAAGCUGAAUGAUCCUGGGCAGCAGGUGCCAGCCAUACUCUGUCCGUAUCUGCCAAAUACUAUAAGUCGCAAGGCCAUCAGCAUAACGGUGGCAUUCGUAUUGUUAACCACACUAUUGGGCAUCAUAUUGGCCACCACAACGAACCUCUUUGGCAAGACAUUGAACAAACCCGACUUUGAUGUCAUCGACAAUGGCACCCUAGUCAUGCUCAAAGUGGCCGAAUGGGGUGGCAGGCCACCCAAGACCAUUCUAGACCCCUUGGAGUUGCCCGUUCAUCGUGUGAUCAUCUCACACACAGCCGCCGAAGGCUGCGAAUCGAGGGAGAUCUGCUCGAAUCGCACGCAGGUCGUUCAGGACUUUCACAUGGACAGCUGGGGCUGGGAUCAUGUUGGCUAUAACUUUCUGGUGGGCGGCGAUGGACGCGUCUACGAGGGACGUGGCUGGGAUCGUGUCGGUGCCCACACCAAGGGCUACAACAGAGGCAGCAUAGGCAUCUCUUUUAUUGGCACCUUUACGGCCAUCAGGCCAGCGCAGAGGCAGCUCAAGGCCUGCCAGCUGCUGAUUGACAAGGGAGUGCAACUCAAGAUGCUGGCGCCCGAUUUUCGGCUGUACGGACAUCGACAGCUGAGUGCCACCGAGAGUCCUGGCGAGGAGCUGUACAAGAUCAUCCAGACGUGGCCACAUUGGUCGCACGAGAUCUAAGUUCUACGUUCUGAUAUCUAAGUUUAUGUUAAGAGUUUUUGUUAAGUGGAAUGGCAUAUUGUAUUAUCUAUGUUAAAUAAGAGUCUACACACACACACAAAAGGAAACUCCCAUUGCAUUUUCAUUUCCAAACACACACAAAAAGAAUUACCUCAUCCAUUCCGUUGCCUGUGGUCUCCGGUCCAGUGUGCCGUCAUGUCAAAAAGUGUCCAAAAGUGUUGCCUAAAGUUGAGUUGAAUGGAAUAUCUGACAUGUAUGUACUCUACUCUAUCAAUACUCUAUCUACGCCACGAUUCCCCAGCG